AUGCCAGUGAGCGACCCAUCUACAAUGCCGGAUAGGGCCUCUCGCCUCGCCCGAAUAUCCCAAAUUGACCAAGAACUGGGCCGUUUACACCGCGAACGACAAACUCAGCUCCAGUCGUUGGCCUACCCCGUUCUCAAGUUGCCGGUUGAAAUCACCGCUCAGAUCUUCGUCCACUGCGUACCAAGGAACGCCCUGAACUGCAACCUAUGGCGAGCCGCGGUAGUGCUGGGCAGCGUUUGCAGGCAUUGGCGGGCUGUGGUGUUAUCCAUGUCGGAGCUGUGGACGGCAAUAUCAUUGAUCGUAGAUGGGACCGCUUCAGAGCGCAUAUCCUCAAGUGUUGCUCUUUGGCUGACAAGGUCAAAGGCACGUCCACUGGCAAUACGUAUUUCACCUCAAAGCGAUGCUGGAGACGCGUUUAGUGACCAGGCAGAGGAGUGGUGGGCCCUGGUGGAGGAAUUCAUGGAACAUCUUCUGCCACAACUCGUUUUACACCGCGCACGCUGGCAGCACGUUGAAAUCAGUGUCCCUCUGUCGGUUUUACGCUCGAUUCGCGACAAAACCGAGCCACUCCCGGAACUGGUGCAUCUUUCACUUGGAGCGGUCCAGGAGCAUUGGAAAAACAAAGAAGGCGAAGUGCCUGUAACCCUAUUCGCCUCGGCGCCCCAACUCCAGAGCCUUCAUUUGACUUUGGACACUACUGGCGACUUCAGGCGGAUGGGCCUCAUCGAGCUGCCAUACGGCCAACUUACGAGCUUCACUGGCACAGGGUUUUCGCAUUAUGAAUGUUUGGAAAUCCUCGAUCUCAUGCCCAACCUCGUCUAUUGUGCUUUCUUCGUGUCAAAUCGUGAUUCGGAUGUGGCUGAUGACCCCCCACCACUGGAGCGCCUUCGUUCGCUACAGCUGUGGUCGUUUGCGCCUACCGCUCAUCCACAACACAUUCUCGAGGACUUGGUCAUGCCCUCUCUGGAGACGUUAUUGGUCGGACGAGAUGAUAGUCGACUACUUGCCGUGGAACUCAGUCACCUGAUCAAACGCUCUAAUUGUACGAUACGACACUUUGCAUGUGAAGAGCUCGAUCCAGAGGACAUUGCCGACUGUCUUGACGUUCUCACAAGUAUCCAGACGCUUGAUUUGCUCAACUACGAGCAAGAUGUCGCAGUUCGUGUGCUUCGUCAGCUUUAUGCUGCCAUAACGGAGAAUUCUGCCACUCAGCAACGGUGGAAGACGCUGGAGAAUAUAACACUCAUGUGUCGGAGACAACUACAUCACGACGACUUUCCUUUCCCGCUCCUUGUCACUUUGCUUGAGGUGUUGCCUGUGAAGCGAUUCCAGCUGGUGUGGAAUACAGCGUUGCUGCCACGUCCACCGACAACCAUCGAGGUAUCCGAGCUCCGGAGGCUGGGAAGACAAAUAUAUAUCGGCACUCCCGUCUUUUCCUGGAUUUAA